GUCUCGUCCUGCGCAUGAUGACGCGGCGCCGUGUGCGCUCCUCACCAGCGCCGCUCGUUAGCAGCGGCAGCGGCAGGAAGUCCGUCGAGCGACGGAGGGAAAAAAGACCGAGAAGCAAAAAGUCGGCGGUCGAACGGAGGAGGAGAAAUUAAUCAGCAUGUCGAAGCCGUGAACCGCGCACACUGUGCGUCCGCACGCCGAGCGCCGCUCACCUCGCGGGCACGGAGGCCAUCUGAGGGUUAUUCCUCAUUGGCUAGGGUGACCCCCACAGGGCCACCACCUCCCAGGGUGGGGCCUGAUUGGCUGGACCUGCAGUGACAGCUCUUGGGCAGGAAAUGGCCACUGUCUUUGCCCUCAGCUAAAGAGCUAAGCCCCUCUGUUCCUCCCCCCCCGCCUUGUAUCACUGUUCAUUGCUGUGUAGUGAGCCGUGAUUCUCUCCAACUCGUUUGCUGUAGAGUACUAUGGCAAUGCAUGAUAUGAGUCGUGCCAAGGGAUUCCCCUGUAAAGAGUGUGAUAUGGUUUGCCCGAGUACUCCAAGUCUUCUAGAGCAUAUGAAAGCACAUUAUCAGCAAGAAGAUACCGGACGUUUUGAGUGUGAACAGUGUGGUCGAAUUUACAAGCACGCGGCUAGCUUAGCCAAUCAUAAAAAGUCUCAUGAAGUGGGUUCAUUCCAGUGUCCUGUUUGUACCCGAACCCUACCCAACGCUGUAGCUUUGAAGAACCACCUUCGUAUACAUACAUUGUCCCCCAGCAGUGCACACGCAGAAGAAGAGAGUGAAGAAGUACCUGAAGAAGCAGGCCACGACGAGAGGGACUACGGUCUCGCCCAGGACCUCUCCGACGGGUUUGGCCGCUCCCAUUUGAAUAAUAGUGGUAUGGGACAUAGUGUCCUACAAAGCCACGAGACAGACGACCACGGAAAAAAAGGCUCCCCUGAAUCUGACGAAGCUUGGGACAGACCAUUCAAGUGUGAUCAGUGUGACAGAACCUACCGGCAUCACGGUAGUCUGGUGAACCACAAGAAGUGUCACCAACAAGGAACUUAUAAGUGCUCUGUGUGUUUCAAACAAUUCAGCAACCUGGCUGCACUAAACAGUCACGAGAGAACUCACUCGAAGUUCAAGACCCCCGGGGCAUCAAUGGUGAGCAGCAGCAGCAGCAGCCUCCACAGCUCGCAGCGUAGCAGUGGCACUCAGUCAUCCCAGAGUAACGACUCUGCCUCCUGCUUCUGCCACCUGUGCCAGAUAGCGCUGCCAAAUAAGGCCGACUUCCAAGAGCACAUCCUGCUGCACAACUCAGCUUCGCCUGCCCUCGGCCUACCACGCAGUUUCCCAGGCAUCAUGGCUCACAAUCUGAGUGCAGUCCGAUCCCCAGCGUACACGCCGGCUUUGGGGGACCCCCUGCCACUGCCACCUCUGCCCAGUGACAAGAGAGGUCCCUAUGACCCCAUAAUGGGCCCUCCAGUAAACAAUCCCAUCUACACAUGUGCAUACUGUGGCGCAGGACACCCAGAUCUGGAGACCUUGAAGGUCCACUAUCUAACCCAUGAUCCCCACCCUGGUUCCCACGGUCCGGACAGCAUCCUCAACUCGGACACACUCAGUUCUGGUUCCCAGGGCUCGGUGUCUUCUCCCUCUGGAGGCCGUGUGCCCCAGGCCAAUUCUCCAGAUGACGGAGAGCGGCGCUUUAAGUGUGGGGAGUGUGGAAAAAGCUACCGGCAUGCAGGAAGUCUUGUGAACCAUAAACGUUGCCAUCAGACAGGCCACUACCAGUGCACCAUCUGCUGUAAGCAGUACCCUCACCUGGCAGCGCUACACAGCCACCUGCGAAGCCACAAGGGGCGUUCCUCCAACCAUUCUAUUAAUAACGACAGCAAUGACUGGCUCUCUCCAGAGCCGCUGACUCUGGACUCCCAGCAGAGCUAUGUGCAGGAAGGUAGUGGUGCCACCACUCCGAUCUCACUGCCUGGGAAUCUUGGCGAUGCUGCCCACUUCGUACCAGAUGGCGGUCACAGCAGUGGGUUGGACUCUCUGGAGUUCCAUGAUCGCUUUGAUGGCAGCUCACUUUCCCAGAGCAACUCUGCGCACCGUCAGGCCGACAGACAUGUGUGUGCUGACUGUGGUGAGAUGUAUGGAGAUGUAUCUGGCAUCAAGUCACACAUGUGUCCCCGCCAUGCCCAGCAGCCACAGCAGCAGGGCAACAUGUCCAAUGGUUUCAUGGGGAACAUGAACUACCACAGCUCGAGUGGAACAUCUCUGCCUGCUGGAAGCUCUAGCAGCCUGAAACAAGGCGGCAGCCAACGACAGUACUCCCAGAGUGGAGGCAAGAGAAUGGGAAGCAAGGAUGACGAUGAUGAUGGAGAAGUGUAUCAGUGCUCUGUGUGCGGCAACCACUACGCUAGCCUCAGAGCUCUCAGGAGCCACCUGCGCAGCCAUGCCAAUAACCCGACUGGACCAGGACCUUCCAACCUGGAGCAGGAGUGGAGAAUGAUCUGCUCUACCUGUGGCCAGAGCUUCUCCAGGAAGCAGGACCUGCUGAAUCACCAGUUAGUCCAUGGCCCCCAAAGGCCAGAUGGCCAGCAACAGGCUAUUGGAGGUAGCUCAGCUAAUGGCAAUGACAAAAUGGACGGGCGUAACCACAUUUGUGUUGACUGUGGUAUGUUUUUUGCUGACCGCCACCACCUCAUCACCCACCUGUGCCCUGGUAAGAAUCGUGGCAGCUCACUGAGCAAGCAGGGCCUGAAUGGAGCAAAAGGGAUGUCUGGAGGAGACGGUGUUGGCGGUGCAGUCGCCGGAGGGAGCCGUGAUGUUGGCGGAGAUGGACGUAGGCCUAUGCUUGACCAAAGUGAAAAGCCCCACAAGUGCGACCAAUGUGGACGAGGUUAUAGGCAUCCCUGUUCACUCCUCAACCACAAGAAGUCCCACAAGACUGGAGUGUUUCGAUGCUUGGUGUGCCAGAAACGCUACUACAACCUGCUGGCUCUAAAGAACCACCAAAGGACCCACUUUGAUCUGAAACGGCACAAGUGUGAAGAAUGUGGUAAGGCCUUCAAGAUCCAAAAGCAGCUGAUCAACCACCUCCGUCUCCACGAGGAGCAUCGGGCAAAAGGUCUUGUUCGGACCGGCCCAAACGGUUCCCGCUUUCAACAGCCAGGCCCAUCUCAAAUGCAGACAAUGAGAGGGGAGUCAUCAAAGGGCCAUGCAAUCGGUGUCAAAUACAGCCACCAAGGGUUCAAGAAGCCCUACUCUUCAGCUGGAACUUCCAGGCCUCAGAAGUUUGACCCUGCUGAAAGCGGACGGCGGCCGUUUGCCUGUGAAGAAUGUGGAAAGACAUACAGACAUGCAGGCAGCCUCGCCAAUCACAAGAACCUCCACAAAAUCGGAGAGUACCACUGCAAUGUUUGCAACUCUACGUACCCCAACAGACUGGCAAUGAAAAACCACCUACGUCUCCACUUUGCCCAGAAGAAGCACAACUGCCAAGAGUGUGGCAAGGGCUUCCGCACUCAGAGGCAGCUAUCUACCCACACUACAGCUGGCCUGUGCAAAGGCCCACAGGGCCCUGGGGCCCAGAUGGAUUUUGAAUGCGAUGGCUGCUGUGAAGGCUUUGCCACGGCUGAUUUGCUCGCAGCCCACGACUGUCCAGCCCAGCAUCUGCCAUCAUCGUCCUCCACCAACAGCUCCACCAACAUCAGCAUGGAAAGGAGCUCAGUGGACCUGGACUCCGAUGAGAGACCCUAUGCCUGUGACCUCUGCAGCUGCGCUUACAAACACGCUAGCUCCUUGCUGAACCACAAGCACACCCACAAGACGGGCAACUUCCGAUGCAACUUCUGCGACAAGCCCUACACCAACUACAUGGCGCUACGCAACCACAUGCGCAUCCACACGCAGCGUAAGAAGCAUAUCUGCCACACAUGUGGAAAAGCUUUCCGGCUGGCCAGGUUCCUCCGCAACCACCAGAAGGUCCAUGAGGAGGGUGCUACCCCCUUUGGCUGCCCCACCUGUGGGAAGAGUUUCCAGGGGAGGUCGGGUCUGGCCAGGCACCGCUGCGGGGACAACCAGGUAGGCAUGGAAGUCAGGAGGAAGGCCACUGCACCCACGGGCGAGGGCGAGGAGUGUCGGUACACAUGUGAUCAAUGUGGCCGCUCCUACCGCCAUGCCAGCUCCCUCCUCAACCAUAAGAACACCCACACUGUCGGCAUCUACCACUGCGCCGUGUGCCUCAAGACCUACUCCAACCUGCUUGCCCUGAAGAACCACCGCCGUAUCCACUCUGAGACACGGCGCCACCGUUGCCACGACUGUGGCAAGGCCUUCCGUGUUUCCUCGCAGCUCUACAACCACCGACGAGUCCACCAGAAGCAACGGGAGCUGACCUGCCGGUCCUGCCAACGAGCCUUUCCCACGCAGGCCAGCUUCAGGCUCCACAUGGAGAUCACCCACGGUCAGACACCACAGCCCCGCCAGCCCAGAACCCAGCAGCCCCGACCAGGGGGCUCCCAGGAGCUGGGCUGGGGAUCAGGCCUCGACCUCACCUUGAUGCAAGAGCAAGGACUCAACCCAGGCAGCAUGGCAAAAGCCCGCAACCGUGGGGGCAACAGUGAGGUCAUCAAGCCCCAUGUCUGCGACCAGUGUGGGAGGUCGUACCGCCACGCCAGCUCCCUGCUCAACCACAAGAACAGUCACAAGACUGGGACCUACUUCUGCAACUCCUGCCAGAAGGAGUUCCCCAACCUGAUGUCCCUCAAGAACCACCGGCGGAUCCACACUGAGCCCAAACGCUACCAGUGCCCAGACUGUGGCAAGUCCUUCCGGGUCUCCACACAACUCAUCUGCCACCGCCGCAUCCACACCAAGGAGAAGCCAUUCUCCUGCCAUCACUGCGACAAACGCUUCUCGUCCAGGUCCAACCUGAGGCACCACAUGAAGGUGCACUGGAGCGGCUCAACGGCGCCCCCUCCCAUGGCCGUGGGUGCGCCCAACUUCCUGGAUGUCAGUCCGUCGUCCUCCAGUGGCUCCAGGAGUUUCGUCUGUCACCAGUGUGGGAGAUCGUACCGCCACGCCAGCUCCCUGCUCAACCACAAGAACAGUCACAAGAUUGGGACCUACUUCUGCAACUCCUGCCAGAAGGAGUUCCCCAACCUGAUGUCCCUCAAGAACCACCGGCGGAUCCACACUGAGCCCAAACGCUACCAGUGCCCAGACUGUGGCAAGUCCUUCCGGGUCUCCACACAACUCAUCUGCCACCGCCGCAUCCACACCAAGGAGAAGCCAUUCUCCUGCCAUCACUGCGACAAACGCUUCUCGUCCAGGUCCAACCUGAGGCACCACAUGAAGGUGCACUGGAGUAGUCCGCCGCUGUCCAGAGGGACGGCGUCCGCCUUCCUCACCGUCCCUUCUAGACCUUCUAGACCCCUCUAGACCUUCUAGUCCCCUCUAGACCUUCUAGACCUUCUAGUCCCCUCUAGACCUUCUAGAGCCCUCUAGACCUUCUUGUCCCCUCUAGACCUUCUAGACCCCUCUAGACCUUCUAGUCCUUCUAGUCCCCUCUAGACCUUCUAGACCUUCUAGUCCCCUCUAGACCUUCUAGUCCCCUCUAGACCUUCUAGACCUUCUAGUCCCCUCUAGACCUUCUAGACCUUCUAGACCCCUCUAGACCUUCUAGACCCCUCUAGACCUUCUAGUCCUUCUAGUCCCCUCUAGACCUUCUAGACCUUCUAGUCCCCUCUAGACCUUCUAGGCUGAUCCCUGCUGAGACCCCAGACCUGGUUUGUCUCCACGAGGCGUUCAGGGUCAGCAGCUCGAACACCUGGAAUCUGAUUACUGCGGAAAACUGUAGAAUUGAAUAAAUUAAUAUAAAUGAUCAAACUGAAAAAAACUGGAAACAUCAAAAACCAUCAAGAACAAAAAUCACUGAAUGAAGGUUUGAGAUGUUUUCACAAAAUAAAUUGAGGCUGACAUUUUCUCAGUACAGACAAAGAGACAGACAGACAGAGAGACAGACAGAGAGAUAGUCAGACAGACAGACAGGUAAUCUGAUCUCGGAGCAGUUUUUGUCUCGUGAUGUUUUUCAUAUUUUAAAAUGAAUCAAAGUUCAAAGUGAAGUGUUUAUCAGUGAUUCAGUUUCCCGUCGCUGCUCGAACUCGACGACGGUCGCCUGGAAAGGAAACCUCUGUCGUCAUGGAAACUUCAUCAUUAACGUCUGUAGUUUAGAGUAUCAGAACUUCUCCUGAUUCACUUUGAACUCUGAGGAUAAUAAAACUGGACUGUGACUCAAUGGAGUACGAGGACGAACCGUCUACUGUGAGGACUUGAAGACGCUCUUCUUAAGAACUUCCUGUGAGAAUGUGAAGACGCUCGUCUGAAGAACUUCCUGUGAGGACGUGAAGACGCUCGUCUGAAGAACUUCCUGUGAGGACGUGAACUUCCUGUGAGGACUUGAAGACGCUCUUCUUAAGAACUUCCUGUGAGGACGUGAACUUCCUGUGAGGACGUGAAGACGCUCGUCUGAAGAACUUCCUGUGAGGACGUGAACUUCCUGUGAGGACUUGAAGACGCUCUUCUUAAGAACUUCCUGUGAGGACGUGAACUUCCUGUGAGGACGUGAAGACGCUCGUCUGAAGAACUUCCUGUGAGGACGUGAACUUCCUGUGAGGACUUGAAGACGCUCUUCUUAAGAACUUCCUGUGAGGACGUGAAGACGCUCCAGCCAUUUGUGGACUCGACGUGCUUCAGUUUCAGAAGCUCGUUCCUUCACGCGAAGAAAAUAAAAUCUGUUUCAGUUUCAUCAGAAUCAAAAUCUGUUUCCUAUCGUCACGAUUUAUCAUCUGGGCAAUAAAUCUGUUAAUGACGGGUA